CUGUCACUACAAUGGCGACCCACCGACUAAAGGCGUCACUGAAAUCCUGAGAGCAUAAUGUUGAUUUACAGCUGUAAAAACCUAUUUGAUGUUGACGGCAAAGAAAAAGUGUCAGUGGCUUCCAUCUGUAACCCUAAUCAACAGCCACAAAUUUACAGCCAUUUUCUGCCAUGGAAUUAAGGGGAGCCCUGGCAUGCAUUUUGGUGGUGCUUUUGGAUGUCAUUGCAGGAAUUUUGAGCUUACAGGGUGAAUUGGCUCAAGACAAGGUGAAAUAUUUUAGGUCUUUAACAUUUAAGUGCAAAGUAGCUAGCAAUGCUGCUUUUUGGCAUGGGGUAGCAGCAGCUGCUCUUUUGUUGGUGGCUCACAUUAUUGCUAAUGUAAGUGGAGGAUGUAUCUGCUUUGCUUCAAAACCACACCAUCAUCAACACUCAUCACUUCACAAGCAAGUUGCUGCUGCCUUUCUGCUGCUCUCUUGGGUACUUUUUAUCGUUGGAUUGGGGCUAUUAAUAGUGGGAGCGGUCUCUAAUUCAAAAUCCAAUGAAUUUUGUAGUCUAACUAAACACAAGCUUUUGGCAAUUGGAGGUUUGGUGGCUUUCAUUCAUGCUAUUGCAAGUGUGGCUUACUGCUUUACAUCAAGGAUAGUGAAUGUUGAAAAGAAUCAUAAUGAUAUGGAAGGUUCUACAUGAAAAAUAGUUUUUUUUUGUUUUGAGAAUAUAUAAAACUUUGUUUAUUGAUUCAUCAAUGUAAAUAUUGUUCAAUGUAGUUUUUAGAUUUUUAAAUUAAUCUUAUAUUUAUGUAUA